AAAAUAAUUUAAAAAUUAGAUCUAGAUCUAGAUCUAGUACCAAUCGAUUGUGCGGAACUGUAGUUUGCCCGUUCCUAUCAGACAGUUGAUAUUUUUGCUUAGCAACCUGUUUCUUGGCGUCUUGCAGACAACACUAACAUUGAAACAAACUGUAGAAACAUUGGUGUUAUAUAGAUCUACAUCAUGAGUAGACAAGUACUACAAGUUUUUGAACAGUACCAAAAGUCUCGGACACAGUUUGUCCAGACUGUGGCAGAAUUAGCAUCAAGGCCACAGAAUAUAGAAACACUUCAGAAUGCAGGAGUCAUGUCUCUGUUGCGGCCUCUACUUUUGGAUGUUGUGCCCACAAUUCAACAAACAGCUGCUCUUGCUUUAGGAAGACUUGCCAAUUACAAUGAUGAUUUAGCAGAGGCAGUAGUAAGAGGAGAUAUUCUUCCCCAGCUUGUGUAUUCACUUGCUGAGCAAAAUCGAUUUUACAAAAAGGCAGCAGCCUUUGUUCUGAGAGCAGUUGCGAAACAUUCACCACAACUUGCACAGUCCGUUGUUGAUUGUGGCGCCUUAGAUGCCCUUGUAAUUUGUCUUGAAGAAUUUGAUCCUGGAGUAAAAGAAUCUUCAGCCUGGGCUUUAGGGUAUAUUGCAAGACACAAUGCAGAACUAGCUCAAGCCGUAGUUGAUGCCGGAGCUGUGCCUUUGCUUGUUUUGUGUAUUCAAGAACCAGAGAUGUCACUCAAAAGAAUAGCCGCAUCAGCUCUGAGUGAUAUAUGUAAACACUCUCCAGAACUCGCUCAGACUGUUGUUGAUGCUGGAGCCAUUGCUCAUUUAGCACAAAUGAUACUGAACCCAGAUGCAAAGCUUAAGAGACAAGUUUUUUCUGCUCUUAGCCAAAUUGCAAAACACUCAGUUGACCUUGCGGAAAUGGUGGUUGAAGCUGAAAUAUUCCCUGCAGUUCUUACCUGCUUGAAAGACCAAGAUGAAUAUGUUAAGAAGAAUGUGGCAACUCUCAUAAGAGAAAUUGCUAAACAUACCCCUGAGCUCUCCCAGCUGAUUGUGAAUGCUGGUGGUGUGGCCGCUGUUGUGGACUAUGUGGGAGACUCUAAGAGUAAUGUGAGACUACCUGGUAUAAUGAUGCUUGGCUAUGUUGCAGCUCACACUGAGAAUUUAGCCAUGGCUGUGAUUGUUUCUAAAGGUGUUGUUCAACUUGCUAUUGCACUGUCAGAAGAGAAAGAAGAUCACAUACAGGCAGCAGCUGCUUGGGCAUUAGGGCAGAUAGGACGUCACACCCCAGAACAUUCAAAGGCAGUUGCAGUGGCUAAUGUACUGCCUAAAUUGCUGCAAUGUUUCCUGAGAACAGAUGCUUCUGAAGAUUUGCAGACCAAAAGCAAGAAAGCAUUGAAAAACAUUCUUCAAAAGUGUGUCCAUCUUCCAGCUCUGGAGCCCCUUCUGCAUGACGCCCCUCCAAAUAUCCUCAAACAUGUAGUUGGACAGUUCAGUAAAGUCUUGCCUCAUGACUCCAAAGCUCGAAGACUUUUUGUGACUAGUGGCGGCCUAAAGAAAGUCCAGGAAAUCAAAGCAGAACCUGGAUCCUCACUGGCAGAGUAUAUCAACACAAUAAACAAUUGUUAUCCAGAAGAAAUUGUCAAAUAUUACUCCCCUGGAUACUCCGACCAUUUGCUUGAAAGAGUGGACCAAUAUGCUCCUCCAAAAGUUUGAUCUACCCUCUAUUGUUUCUCUAUUUAAAAAUUCUCAUAUUGUCAAAGCCUUUGAGGUUUCAAAUACAAAUGUUGUACAGUUAAUGAAAUAUUUUUAAAAAUUAGGUUAAAAAAUUACUUUUUAUAAGACUAACCUUUUUACACAGAUAACAUACCAAACUUUUAAACUAUCAAAUUUAUAUACAUACAUUUUUUAUUUGAAAUUGUUCUAAUUAUUAAUUUAUAAUUGAACUUAAAUUGUUUUUAAGAUGCUGUAACAUCUUGUGUGUAAUAAUUUAUAUGCAUGUUAAGCGCUUUUGUUGUAGUCAUUAGCAUUACAUAUUUAAAAGAUGAUGUGCUAAUGAAUAAUAAAAAAACAAGCAGAAUAAUUUCUAUUAAGAAUAAUAAUUUGUAAAAAGAAUGUGUACUUAUCAUAUUAGAACUACAAAGCCUUGGUGUAUGAUUUUGUUAAACCAAAUAUAAAUCUUAUGUUCUAAAAGUAUAUAUAGACUGAUUGUUGUUAAAAUAUACACUUUUAAAAUUGGAAACUUUACUUUUACCUACGUAUUUCUUUAUAAAUUCCUUUGGCACAUAUCUAAAGUGUAUGAUAGUGUCAGUGCCAAAUAAAUUUAUCCUGGAUUUUAAAUAUAUGUUUUAAAUGCGUUUUGGUUAUGACAUUUUUUUUUAUAACUAGAAGUAAGGUAAAACAUUACAUUACAGUGGUGACUUUUUUUCAACAUGGCAUCUGAUUGAUUGUAAUUCUUCAGGCUUCUGAGAUUAAGAAUGAUUUCAACUUUUUGACAUAUUUCUAAAGUGGAGUGACAUAAUUUUUAGAUUUGACAUUUGGCUUCCAAAAAUAAAUGAGCAAAGUUACUGAUUUGAAAUCCUGCUUGUUUUUUUCAAAGUUUCUAUUUUGUUAAUCUGCUAAAAUUUUUGCCAAAACUAUAAUUAUUUCACUACACUUUAUGUGGAAUUUUGAAAAAUAUUGUGUUCAAAAUUAAAGAAUAUUUUCUAAACUGUUUUCUUUACUUUUAAACUAAUUUUUAAGACAAAUAAUUAGAUAUAGGAUAAUAAAUAAAGAAUUAUGUAUAGCUCA